AUGUCUUUUCCAUUUUCUUUAGAGAAUUUACCCCCAUCAACUAGUCCUUGGGGUCCCCCAAAGGAAAUCCCUUCUUACUUGAAGUUUCACAAUGUUCCUUAUGCUCCAUUUUCCAAAACUGAUAAACUAGGUAAAGCUGCAGAUUGGAUUUCAACUGAUUCUAAUCAACAACAAACACAACAGCAAAACAAAACUACUAGGAGAGAUAGGGAUCCAUUUCAUGCCUAUGGUGCUUCAGCUGCUUCGAAAUUUGCUGCUGAUGACGAAUUGGCUAAUGAUACUGCUGGCUUUGAAAUUGUUGACUCAAGCACAACCGCUAACAAACCUCAACAACCUCAACAACAACAAAACUACAGACAGAGAGUUCUCAAGAGCAGAUACCACAAACCUGUUCAAAAUAAACAAUUUCAAUCAAACCAAAAUCAAGGCAAACGUUCCAAUGUUUCUAACUCAUAUAGACCAUAUUGGAACAAUAAUAAUGAAAAAAAUAAACCUAAAAAAUCUUCUGUUGAAAUUAAGGACAAUUGGAAAUUAUUAACUUCAAUCGAUUUCAAUAGGUUGAAUAAACUAAAACUUGAUGUUGAUUUGAAAAAAAGUGUUGUGUUGACUUCCAAAGGUGCUUCUUUCAAUUAUAAUAAGAAUGUCUUUGAAAGAACAGGUAUUAACAAAAAACCAAUUCCAUUAAAACCUUCAAGCACUGUAAAAACAGAAUAUAAGUCUUCUACAACUUCAAAGGAUCCUAUUUUGCUUCAAUAUGCCAAGGAAAAUAAAAGUGAAGUUUUCAUAACUGAUACAAUUUUAUCCCAAAUUAUGUCAACUCUUAUUUCCAAUUUCUCAUGGGAUGUCGUUGUCACUAAAAAAGGGAAUAAAUUGUUUUUUGACAAAAGAUUAUCUUCAACUAAUCCAAUAACUGUCGAUGAAAAUGACCCAGGUUUAUCUCAAGCUUCAAUCAAUAUAGAUGCUGCUGAUAUUAACAGUGACGUUAACUUAUCAAAUGAAGCAUCUUAUUUAAAUAACUUGUUGUUAUCAUUAUCAAUUAUUCCUGAUGCUUCUACUUUAAAAAAAUUUGAAUUGUCUACAAAAGAAUUUGUACAAUCUGAAAAUUCGAAGAAUUUUAUUCCCAAAUCCUAUUCUUAUAAGAUAAUAAAAUUGCCAAAUCUGACUAAUAAAAGUAAAAAAGCUAGCAGCAAAUUAUCAUCUUAUUAUGAUUCUGAAUCCGAAGAGGACGAAAACGAUUUUAUUAAAGUUCUUGUUAGAACAGAAAGCUCUGCUGUUCAAAGAAUCGGCUCAGAUGUUUCACCAAUUGCUAUUCAUGCUAUUACUCAAUAUAAGACUGGGUCUAGUUUAGAUUGGAAUACUAAAUUACAAUUGCAAAAAGGUGCAAUUCUUGCUGCUGAAUUAAGAAAAAAUAUUAAUCAGUUUUCUAAAUGGACAAUUGAAUCUAUCUUAUCUGAUGUCAAAUUGAUCAAGAUUGGUUUUGUAUCAAGAGCUAACUACAAGAAAAAUGAUUCCCAUAAUUUAUUGGAUGUUAUUGGAUAUACCCCACAAGAUUUAGCCAACCAAAUGAAAUUAAACUUUGGUACUGGUUGGGGAAUCUUCAAAAGUUUCAUUGAUAUUAUUAAUGGAUGGAAUCUUUCAGAUGGUGAAAGUGGUGAUGGUAAAUUUAUUAUUGUAAAAGACCCCAAUAGUCCAAAAGUAUCAAUUUAUAAACUUCCAGAUGAGGAAGAUGCAUUGUCUAUUUGA